AUGCAGGAAGUGGACUUCAGAAAGAUACUCCCAAUGAACAGACUCAAAUGGAAGUGCUUAAUCUGUAGGCGAAAUAGAUAUAAAAAGACUGCAGCCUCGCCCACACCCAGUGCAGAGGACAUCUCAUCUCCGUCAAGGAUCGAUACUGAUGCUUUAAUUGCGUAUAUUGAUUCCAAAUUUAAGGAGCUUCGGAACGAACGGGAAGCUGACAUAUUAAACUUGAAAAAUUAUCUUAAUGAAAAAAUCGACAAACUUUCACAAUCUGUCCUGGCAUGGACAUCCAAGUGUGAAAUAUUAGAGACGCAUAUAUCUGAGCUUUCAGUUACCGCUACAAACUUAACUGAGGAGAAUUUAAAAUUAAAGGAACAGCUGCAGAGCCUGCAGGACAACCUUCAUGAGAAUGAGCAGAAAUCCCGACUCUGCAAUGUUGAGAUACAGAAUGUUCCUGAACGGAAAAACGAAAACCUAUUGCAACUAGUCUCAAAUCUGGGAACCUUACUCGGCGUUGUUAUUCCCGCUGAAUCCAUUAAAGCAGUACACCGCGUUGCUCAUAAUACGCAUACAGACAGACCUAAAAAUAUCAUAUUACAACUUAAUACGAAGCAUUUGAGGGAUGACGUCAUCGCUGCAUCCCGUGCUCGGCGUGGCUUAACAGCGGGUCAACUCAUAGCUGCGGGUGGACCAAGCAACGCUUCUUCGAGGUCAGGCAGUGACGUAACACAAUCAGAUCGCACCGUCUACAUAAGUGAGCAUCUCACCUUACGCAAUAAAAUAUUAUUCUCCAAAACAAGAUCUAUAGCUCGCGAUAAAUACAGAUAUGUGUGGACUAAAAAUGCUAUCAUACAAGUGCGUAAAAAUGACAAUUCACCUGUUAUGUACAUCCGUUCCGAGAAAGACCUCAGUAAGUUGUGA